CUAGGCGGGCCAUGGCCGGGGGCCCGGGCCCGGGGGACCCCGCGGCCCCCGGCGCCCAGCACUUCUUGUACGAGGUGCCGCCCUGGGUCAUGUGCCGCUUCUACAAGGUGAUGGACGCCCUGGAGCCUGCCGACUGGUGCCAGUUCGGUGGGUGGCGGCGGACGCGGGCCGGGGCGGGGGGCGGGGGGUCCCCGGGUCGCCGCUGCCCGCCUGACGCCCCCUGCCCCGCAGCGGCCCUGAUCGUACGCGACCAGACCGAGCUUCGGCUCUGCGAGCGCUCGGGACAGCGCACGGCCAGCGUCCUGUGGCCCUGGAUCAAUCGCAACGCCCGCGUGGCCGACCUCGUGCGCAUCCUCACGCACCUGCAGCUCCUCCGCGCUCGGGACAUCAUCACGGCCUGGCAUCCUCCUGCCCCUCUCCCGCCCCCCACCGCCACCACCCAGCCCCUGGGGCCCAGCAGCAUCUCUGUCCCCUCUGAGGCCAAGGCCAGGAGCCCCAGGAAGUCGCAGUCCUCAGCCUCCACCCUCCUCUCCCCAGGUUCCCAGACCCAUCCUGGGCCCCACCUCGGCCCCACCGCACACCCUGCCGUCCCCCGACCAGCACUGCCAACUCCAGCCCCUUGCUCCACCGAGCAGAGCCCAGAGAGCCCACUGGCUUUCCUGCAGGGGGCCCACCCUGCCCCGUUCUGCUGGCCCCUCCCUGAGAUUGCCCAGGGCACCCGCAACUUCUCCGAGGAGCUCAAGAUCGGUGAGGGUGGUUUUGGCUGCGUGUACCGGGCGGUGAUGAGGAACACGGUGUAUGCUGUGAAGAGGCUGAAGGAGGACGCCGAUCUGGAGUGGAACGCUGUGAAGCAGAGCUUCCUGACUGAGGUGGAGCAGCUGUCCCGGUUUCGUCACCCAAACAUUGUGGACUUUGCCGGCUACUGUGCUCAGAGCGGCUUCUACUGCCUAGUCUACGGCUUCCUGCCCAAUGGUUCCUUGGAAGACCGCCUCCACUUCCAGACCCCGGCCUGCGCCCCCCUCUCCUGGCCUCAGCGAAUGGACAUCCUUGUGGGCACAGCCCGGGCAAUUCAGUUCUUACACCAGGACAGCCCCAGCCUCAUCCACGGGGAUGUCAAGAGUUCCAAUGUCCUCCUGGAUGAGAGACUGAUGCCCAAGCUGGGAGACUUUGGCCUCGCCCGUUUUAGCCGCUUUACUGGUGCCAGCCCUGGCCAAAGCAGUGCCGUGGCCCGGACUCGGACGGUGCGGGGCACCCUGGCCUACCUGCCCGAGGAAUAUGUCAAGACAGGGAAGCUGGCCGUGGAGACCGACACUUUCAGCUUUGGGGUGGUGGUGCUGGAGACCCUGGUGGGCCAGAGGGCUGUGAGAACACAGGGAACUGGGACCAAGUACCUGAAGGACCUGGUCGAAGAGGAGGCGGAGGAGGCCGGGGUGGCCCUGAAAGGUGGCCACACCACAGCGCAGGCAGGUCUGGCCUCGGAUGCCUGGGCUGCUCCAAUCGCUGCCCAGAUCUACAAGAAACACGUGGAUCCCAGGCCCGGGCCCUGCCCACCCAAGCUAGGCCAGCCCCUGGGCCAGCUGGCCUGCUGCUGCCUGCACCGCAGGGCUAAGAGGAGGCCCCCCAUGACCCAGGGUCACCGCUGGCUAGUACCACAUCAUCUGAGCCACCGCAGAUCGUCAUCAACCCCGCCCGACAGAAGAUGGUGCAGAAGCUGGCCCUGUACGAAGAUGGGGUGUUGGACAGCCUCCAGCUGCUGUCCUCGAGCUCACUCCCAGGCUUGGGCCUGGGCCCUGCGGACAGGCAGGGGCCUGAAGAGAGUGACGAGUUUCAGAGCUGAGCAUGUGCCCGGUCAGACGCCCCAAACCUGGAAGUCAAAGUUCUCGUGGUCGGAAGUUCUCACGGUGUGCGAACGCUUGGCAGCUCGUGGGCUGCGGGCGUGGGGGCACCGUCCCUGGAGGGAGAAGGGGGGGGUCACAGGCAGGACUCGGCCAGCCAAGCCAUCGAUUGGCCUUUGGGUCAGCACUUGGGUGUCAUUAGAGGGACAUGGGGAGUACGGAUCUGAGGCCGCUGGCUGCAUGGGUGCUGGUGCAGUGGGAUGAAGGGGAGCUGGCUCCCCUGAGAGUGAGGUGGGGUAUCUGCAGCCAUCUAUGCUGCAGAAUAGAGCAGGUGAGGCCCAGAGCCCUCCCGGGCCGUUUGUAAUGUGGAAAGUUGCCAUGUGGCUGUCCUGUGGCUCGGUCCACUCGCAAGAAGUAGGAGUUCUGAGUCUCUUCCCAGUCCACAGCGCCCCGCCCUCCCCCCGCCCCACAAGUCUGGCCAGUGCCUGCAUGCCCCAGGGUUCACUGGCAUCCUUGGGUCUAUGAACGGCUGCAGACCAGGUUAAGCUCUGGAGGCCAUGGGCUCAGCCUCUGACCCAGGCACUGAUGGUGAAAGAAGGAGCAGCUAGGCCCAAGCCUAAACAGUGAGGAGGCCCAAGAAGACGGAAGUUGGGAACAAGGCAGAGAGGGAGGGGAAGCAUUUUCAGAGAAAAAACAACCUUCACAUGUUAGAAGCAAGUCAGAUUUUGUUUAACUGAGCGUCCUCUUGGGUGUCUUAGAAAGUAGCCCCGGGCUGUAGCGCAGGCUUAUGAUGAUUGUUUGUCCACAAUCAUGAGUCACACUACACGCCCCCAUGAAGCUAGGCAUUGGUGAAGUAAAAGUUGUCCUUGAGUAAUAAAAUUUUGCAUUUUGGAU